GGCUGCUCUCUCUCUCUCCUUAUCGGCCCUUCAUUGCCGACUAUUCUCCUUGACGAGCUCGUCAUGGAUCCCAAGGAGGCCGGUGGGGCUGAGAAGGAGAAGGUGAUCAAGCGGAGGAACCGGCCCGUGUUCCUGCGCUACCUGGAGAGGAGGAAGACAGACAGCAUUGUGGUGGAUGACACGUCCAAAGGUGACAUCAACCUGGGGACGCUGGUGAGGCGGAGUCAGUCGGACAAGACGGAGUACAGCGCUAAACUUAAAGAAAAAAUGUCACCGCAUGACUUGUCCACCCCCGCCUCACCAGCGCUAGAUCCAGAGGAGGUCCGUUUAAGAAAGAUGAAGCGCAGGUCAAAGGUCAUUCAAGAGCUGAUGCAGACUGAAAAAGACUACCUCACUGACAUGGAGCUGUGCAUUCGGGAGGUGGUGCAGCCUCUAAGAAACCUGCAGGUCAUAGAUGUAGAUCGACUGUUUACUAACAUGGAGACAGUGUGCGAGGUAUCAGCCACACUCCUUCACAGACUCCAGGACGCCAUGUCAGACCCGGAUCCGGAGGCCGUCGUUAUAGGAGAAGUAUUCAUUCAGGCCAAGGCAGCUUUAGAAGACGUGUAUAAGAUUUACUGUUACCAUCACGACGACGCCAACAUGUCACUGGAAUCCUAUGAGAAAGAGGAAGAAGUAAAGCAACAUUUCACCACAUGUGUAUUAUCACUGAAAACAAUCUACGACCUAGAAGGGAAGCCCAACCUGCUGGACAUGGGUUCGCUGCUCAUAAAGCCAGUACAAAGGAUCAUGAAGUACCCACUCCUGCUUGGCGAGCUGUGGCAGGCCACACCUGAAGACCACCCCGACUUCCGGCCGCUGCAAGAGGCCUUUACUGCUGCAAAGAUCAUAAACGUCAACAUCAACGAGUUCAAGAGGCGCAAAGACAUAGUAAUGAAGUACAAAAAUUCAGAAGAUGAAGGAACUCUGCGCAAACUUCACAAGUUCAACAUCCACUCAAUCAGGAAGAAAAGUGACAGGUUUGCUGGUUAUCUCAAGAUCCUCACAGGAGUUGAACCACAGGUGAGAGAUGAAGUAUUCGAUAGAGAGGAGAAGCUGUUCAGGAGUCUGGAGAAAGCUGUAAGGCAGUUGGUUAAAAAUGUCCAAAGUUACUUGCAGUAUGUUCAGGAGAUGGUGUCUGUAGCUGUUCACGAUGUCCAUGAAAUGGAAGGCAUCAUUAAGGAUUCAAACGGAUCAUCGUACAACAAAAACGACGACCCCUAUGAACAUUAUAAAGACAACAUGGAGCGCCUGGUCCUCGCUCCACUCUCCUCUCUUCAGGGUAUGUUCACCGCGCCACAGAAGCUCAUCCAAAAACGUUACGACAAACUGCUGGAUUACUGCAGCCGCCUGGAGCGUUCGUCUUCGUUCUCAUCCUCGCAAUCAACCUCCUCAUCAUCACCGUGCCUGACGUCCGUAGACCCGCCCGGUCCUGCCAGGAGGGACUACGAGGCUCUCAAUGCUUUGCUAGUGGAGGAGUUAAAGCAAUUCAACAUUGCAGCAAACACCAUUUUUAACAACUGUGUGGUUUAUUUAGUGGCCUUGUUCAUAGGGCUGAUGGAUGAAAUGCUGCUGGGUGCUCCUUCCAUACAGCAGUUACCAGCUCCGUUGUCCAACAUUGCUGAGGUGCAGAACAGCAUCAUGGAUGAGCUAAACAAUCUGACUUUUGUCAAGGAGAACGCACACAAGUUAAUGGAGCGGAAAGUCAGCUUUGAGAGGCAACGAGACAAGAAAAUUGCGACGCCGGAGGUGGAGCAUCAGACAGAAGAACAACGUGCCCGACUGCUGGCUGAAUAUCCACCAAGUCGUCUGUACCUGCUGAAAAGGAAGUGUAAUGGCUGCCAGGAGCAGGACCUUAGUCUCCUGGAGGGGGAGCUGGUGGCUCUGCUGGAGGACAUGGACCCUCUUGGCAGCAGCAGCCGCUGGCUGGUUCACACUGGAGGCGCACAGGGCUACGUCUACUCCACAUUCCUGAAGCAGUACAACCCUCUGCGGGACUCGCAGCGGCGAGGCCAAGCGGCCAAGCAGCAGCAACAGCAGCAGCAGCCGCUCACCAUGGCCGACGAGGACUUUGACAACCUGAGCCUUUUUGUAUCGGGCAGUGGGAGCAGUAGCCUGCGGAGCUUUAGUCUCAACACCCCAGACAGCAGCUUCAACCUCUCAGGCCUUCAGGGGGAAGUGGAAAGCACCACUGAAGACUUGGACGCAUCACCUGACACCGACAAUCAACAGUACUAUGCUGUAUAUGCAUUUCAAGCCCGUUGCGACCAGGAGCUGACCUUGCAGGAAUACCAGCACGUUCGCAUCCUGCAGUUCUGCGACCUGGGAGGCAACAAGGAUUGGUGGCUAGCGGAGGCUGCCGGUCAAAAAGGAUACGUCCCGGCUAACUACCUUGGCAGGAUGUCUUACGCUUAAACAAAAAGGAUCAGGUUGUUUUAAAUCUAUAUUGUUUCACUGACAGUUUUAAACGAAUGUCAACUAUUUCAGAUUUGUGCAAACAAACGGUUGAUCUUGUCAUAUUGACAACGUGACCUCCACGAAGAACAUGUGAUGUUUCAAUUUUUAAAAUACAAGCUGCUGUGCCAAGCACUUUUGACUGUAUGUCCCACAGUGUUGAGUUUAGAAGUCACAUUUAUGAAGUCAGAUUUUAUAUAUGGAAUGCUUUAGAUGAAGUAUGUGAAAUGAUUCACCAACAAACUUUGAAUGUGAAAUGAAAUAGUCUACGUGUCAUUGUUCAUAUUUUAUUAUGUCAUGAUUAAA